AUGUUCCAGUCGUCUAAACCAUACUCGGCAGUGACGGUACAAGUGGAGGUUCUUACGAGUGAACAAUAUGAGGUGGAAGACUCCAGUGGUAUCGUCGACUUGGUGGAGGUAGUGCGCAUUCAGGCCAGUGGUCCGACAGAAGCUAGCCGGGCCCUGCGCAAGAAACUAAAAUACGGCAACCUCCAUCGUCAACUGCGUGCACUUGUCAUUCUCGAUUUCUUGGUCCAAAAUGCUGGAGACCGCUUCUUGCGCGAGUUUGCCGACGAGGCACUUCUCGAGCGUCUCCGAAUCGCAGGUACCGACUCUGUAUCUGAUCCUCUUGUGAAACAAAAGUGCAAACAGAUCUUUGGACAAUGGGCGGUGACCUUUAAAGACACUCCUGGCAUGGCCAAGGUCACGGCAUUGUACAAACAACUCCCGAAGCGCAAGCAGCCUGCGAACCAGGCCAAAGCGAAGGUCUUACGGGAGGGUUCAAACUCGAAUGAGCCUCCAAUGGGUCAUGUUGUCUCAGUGUCAGCUGGUACUGGUCCGUCUACAGUCUUGACCAGCCCGAAGCAGAAGGCCAAGGCCAAGAAGGACAAGAGAGAUAAGAAGCUCUCAAUCAGUAUGGGCAGCAAAGGUUUCAACUUGGAGAAAGAACGUCCAGAAAUCUUACAAACGCUUGCUGCUUCCUCCGUUGCGAGCACUGACCUCUUGAACGCACUCAAACUCGUCAACCGUGAGACGAACCGAGUAAGUGAAGAUGCAGAAUGUAUUAACCGCUUCGAUAAGUGCAAGUCGCUUCGCCAUCAAAUUCUCCGGUAUAUUCAGUAUAUCGAAAGCGAGGAGUUCCUGGGUGGUCUGAUCCACGCGAAUGAGGAGCUUGUGACAGCAUUGAUGGCCUUCGAGGUGCUCGAUAAGAGUGUGGACUACGACAGUGACAGUGACGAUGAUAUUCUCGAGGGCAAUUGGAAAGAAAGACAUGGACUUGGCCUCGAUGAAGAUGUGCACGGCGGUCUUGCCGGUCUUAAUAUCAAUCCUCCUAAGCCUCCUCGGCCAGCUCGUCCAGAGGGUCUUCCUGUUGCGUCUUCAUCGCAACACUCGCGCCAGAUUUUUGAGAGUGAGAGCGAGUCAGAAGAGGAAGAUGACGAUGAAGACAACCCCUUUGGAGAUCGGAACGCAAUUAAGACGCCCGGUGUUGAGAAAUCAGGCUACUCUUGGAAAGAGGUCUGA